AUGAAAGGAAACAUGGCGAUUAUAGAGGGAGAAAGGAUAAUGGAGGUGGAUAUGAUGGCUCAAUUUAGUAUAAAAUCUCUUAUCUUAAUAUUAUUAACCCAUUAAUUGUCAUAUCUUAGAUAAAUAUGCUUUUACUGCAAAGAAGUUGGACAUAAAAUCUCAGAUUGCGUUAAGAGAUUAAAUAAAAACUAAAGAAAUGGUCAAAACUAUAAAAAUAAUAGAAAUGAUAGCAACUAAUUUAAUAAGAGACCUUAAAAAUAAAAAGAUAAUUUUGUAUACGAGGAUAAUUGCCCUCCUCCAGAAGAUGAAGAUUGGGGAGGAGGAACUGAUUCAGAAGAAGAAAAAAAGAGAUUAAAGAAAGAAUUAAAAAAAUAAAAAAAAUUGUAGUAAUAAUUGGAAAAUUAGUAAGAAAUAUAAAAUUAAGAAGAUGAUAUUUAGUAAAAAUAAGUAUAAGAUAAUUAAGAUUAGUAGUAGCAAUUGGAUUAAAAUUAACAAAUAGAAAACAAAAAUGAUUUUGAAGAGGAUUGGGGAGGAAAUGAUGAGCAAAAUAUUUAUACAAAGUAGGAACAUUAAGAUGAUAAUUAAGUGAAUUUAGAUAUGUUUAUUGAAGAUUAAAUAAGAGCUUAGUUUGGUGGAUCUUUUGCAAUUCAUUAAAGUAGAAACAUAGAAAAUGUUAAUGAUUAAAAUGAAUCAAAUUAUUAAUAAACAAAACAAGCUUACAAUCAAUAAGAAAAGAGUAGUGAUUAAAGAUAAGAAAUAAGCAAAGAUUAUGCAAGAAAUUUAAGUAAUGAAAGAGAGAGAGAAAGGAGCAUAGAAUAAAGUAGAGAAAAAAAGUAUAAAUAAGACAAUAAUGAUUAUCAUAAAUCAAAGUCAUAUGAUAAAUAUAAUAAAUAAGAUGAUUAUAAGCAUAAAAAAGAUUAUGAUAGAAGCAAAAGAGAUUAUGAUGACUAAAAAUAUGAUAGAAGAAAUAGUGAAAGUGAUUAUAGGCAUAAAUCUGAUAGAGAUAGAUAUCAGAGGAAUCAUCAAAAUUAAGAUAAAUAUAAAAAUAAUGGCUAUAGUGACAGAGAUCCAUCUUUAAGAGAUAAUUCAUACAGAAUAAAGUAGGAGAGAAUAAGCGAAGAGAAAUAUUAAAGCUUAGCAAAUUAACAUCAAGACGAUAUCACUGAUUAAAUAAAUUAAAUGUUAAAUGCAUAGAUCUAAGGUUUAACUAAUAUGCCAAAUAGUAAAAUUGAAGAAAAAGAGCAAGAAACUGAAAGAAAAGAUGAAAGCUAUGAAGAGUGGACUUUAGAAAGCUUGUAAAAAGAUUAAGUUAAAUAAAAGGACUAUUCAAAUGGAAAUAAAAGAUACAAAGAAGACUAUGGUAAUGAAAACUAUUUUAGCAAAAACAAAUCAAGUUAUGGCAAUGAUUGGGGAAUAAGUGUAGAAAAUAAAUAUAACAAAGAUGAGUAUAACAAUAAUUUUUAGAGAAGUUAAUCAAAAAGUUAUAAUAAUAAAUACAGUAACAAAGAUCACAAAAAUUAUCAUGGCAACAGCUACUAAAAAGAGUAAGAUGCUAUUGUUAUUAUCUCAGAUGAUGAAAAUGAUCCUUGGGUGUCACCAAAAAUAAACAAUAAAAAAAAAUCGAAUAAAGAUUCAAAUUCUACCAUCAAUAAAGUUUCUUAAAAGAAGAGCUUAUCUAACUUAGUUAAUAACAGCAGCAAUAUUAUAGAAGAGUCUCCUGUUUAUGAGCCUAAUUUAAUUAAUGAAAAUGAAACUACAGUAAAAAAUAAAAAACUAAUUUUAUAUAACCCAGAUAAAGAAUAUAAUUUUGCAACAGGUUAGCAAAGAGACAGUAUAGCUACCAAUAAUUUUAAUUCAUUGGCAAUAGAAAAUAUUUUUGACUUCAACGAAUAACAAAAAAGAGAAUUAUAUUCAAAUAGUAUUAAAUUUUAUGACAAUAUUCCAUCUGAGUCAUUUAAAUUAGGUUAUGAUAGGUACAGUCCCAUGUUUAAAGAUAAGCUUAUCAACUUCCUCUAUCCUAUUGAAGGAAAUUGUUUAAAGGUUUAUGAAGGAGAUUUAAAGAUGAAAAAAUAUACAGAUUAAGGAAGCUUAUCAAUUUCUAUAAAAACCUAAGUAUAUUCAAAUCAUCCAUGGAAUGAAAUUAAAUGGAUUCCAUCUCUCAAAAUAUUAAGAUAAAAAGAUAAAUUAAGAGAAUUUUAGAGUAUCGAUUUCUCGACAGGAGCAAGUUAGUUAUCUCAAAUGAUUCCUAAAGAUAAUUAUUAAAGAAUUUUCUAUUUGUACUGGAUAGAGGGGUAAAGUGAAGAAGACGAUUUAAAAAUUGAAGAUUACUCAAAUUAUUUGUAUUAAAAAAAAAUAUUAUCUGGUGUUAAUUUAGAAACUGGUUGCUAUACUAUGGCAAGCAUUAAUUAAAUAUUCCCUGAAGUAGAAAGCUUUAUGAGAAGCAGUGAUUUUAAAAAGAAAACACCAAUUAAAUUAGUUUUAAUAUAUAACCCAGAAUUAGGAUAUCAGGUAUCUUAUAAAAGUGUUCCUUUUUGA